GAUUGCAUCUUUCCUGCUGAGCCUCUGCUGACGCUAAUGAAGCAGAUUGCUGGAAAGUUGCAUCGGGCGUGGAAGUGGGCCUGUGACGCUUUCAGCCUCGCCUCUGGUGCUCAUGCAGUUCGGGCCUUCCCCAACAGCCACUUGGUGGGGGCUGUGCCAGCAUCCUGGGCCGCGCCGAAGGAGGUCUCUGCAAUGGAAGAGUUGCGCCAAGCAGUGCGGGACGAGGACUGGCCUCGCAACUUCGAGGAAGGCCUCACAAAGAUCCAGAUGCGCGCGGAGUGGUCUGCCAGUGAGGACCGCUGCGCUUUGUUGAAGUGGCUGGUGAAGUCCACCCAGGCCAAGCGAGUCUUGGAGAUUGGCAGCUUCUGCGGAGUAGGCACCUUGGCUCUUGCAGAAUCUAUGCCAGAAGAUGGAGAGCUCUUUUCCUUGGAGUUGGACCCCUUUGUGGUGAAUUUUGGGCGACGCUUUGGUGGCCCUGCACUGACGCGUGCAAAGACCAUUUUGGGCCAAGCUGCAGACUCGUUGCAACAGUUGGCACAUGAGGGUAAGGAGUUUGAUUUGGUGAUUGUGGAUGCCGACAAGGAAGGUAUGUGUGACUACUUCGAGUUGCUUUGGAAGAUGUCACUGGUGAGCCCUCGCGCAGUAGUUGCCGUGGAUAUGACUCCAUUCAAGGGUCAACCGCCCCUGCGCUUUCUGAAAUUCGGAUUUCCUUAUCGCUGCGAGACCAGCUCUGGUGAGAAGCAAAUCAAUGAGCUGAGAACUCAUGUGCAGAAAUCUUCCGACUUCACCUCGCAUGAAUUUGGUGGUUUGCUGAUCGUCCAAAAGAUGACAUCAACCGACUGCGAGUGCGUGAAUUGCCACUAG